GAGUGCUCUCCGGAAGUGCCCUCCCCGCUUCCGGGCCCGGUGCAUGCUGGGACUGCGAGGCCCGCCAUUCAGUUGCCGCUACUCGUCGCACGUUCGCGCCGCCGGGACCGGAGCCGGGGCCGGGGCUGCAGGAAGCCUUCCCUGACUACUCUGACUUCUCCCUUCCCUCGGGUCCAGUGGUGUUGUCUCCUCAGCUCCUGGCACAGUAACACAGACAGCUUCUUUCUCCCAGAAUGUCGAUCGGGGUCCCAAUCAAGGUCCUGCAUGAAGCGGAGGGGCACAUCGUCACUUGUGAGACCAACACUGGGGAGGUGUACCGUGGCAAGCUGAUCGAGGCUGAGGACAACAUGAACUGUCAGAUGUCCAACAUCACAGUCACGUACAGAGACGGACGGGUCGCUCAGCUGGAGCAGGUGUACAUCCGAGGGAGCAAGAUCCGCUUCCUGAUCUUGCCAGACAUGCUGAAGAACGCCCCAAUGUUGAAGAGCAUGAAAAACAAAAACCAGGGCUCUGGGGCCGGCCGAGGGAAGGCAGCCAUUCUGAAGGCCCAGGUGGCUGCCAGAGGAAGAGGGCGUGGCAUGGGCCGGGGCAAUAUUUUCCAGAAACGAAGAUAAUCGGAUAAUCUCGGAUAAUCCUGUCUGAGGAAGAGAACCCUGUACUAGUGUGAUUUUAGGAACUCUCUAAAUGGUGUACCAGCUCUCUCUUAGCUCAGGGAGAGGCCAAAUAAAGGUGCUUUGGAGUGCUCAAGCUUA